ACACAAAACUAAUGUAAAUUGAGCCAAGCUUUAUUUGCCGUCCUCCAGCCACGAGGGCGGUACAGCUCACUGGGCACACGGAGAGGUGAUGAACAGAUCUGGCUAUUCUGGCAAAUCUUUUUAUUUGAAAUUCACUUAAUCAUUUUUAUUAUACGCACAGAGGAAGAAAUGUCUAUAAAUGUCCGAUGAUGUUUUGGCACUGUCCAUAAACCUGAAUGGACUUUUAGCUUUGGACUUUCUCUUUUCCUCAAAACUUCCAUCAGAGCCUUUUAGAGCUUCUGUCAGUUAUCUUGUGUUGAAUGAAGGAUAGUUUUCAGGUUGUCUCUGUCGCGUUUCGGACUCAAAUUGGGCAGCUUGUCGGGUAAAAAUCCGCUGCUACUGAUAAUGUCGGUGGAAAUUCAGGGCACGUUCAAAACCUCUGGCCCCUCAGCAGCAGCCCAAGGUGAGAGAUGAGAGAGAGCUGUAAGUAUGUAUGUAUGCUUGAGGUCAUCGCUAAAUCAUCAGUCCACAGUCGGUGGCUGUUCUACACUAACAUCAGUGUGUUCCUUAGAUUACAGGCAGUCAAACAGGAUAGCUCGGAGCAUGUGUUUUUGCUUAACAUACAUUUAUCUGUGUCGUGGCAACCGUGUCAUGUUACAUCAACAAUCAAAAUGACCAUACAAAGCUUAACCUUUUCAUCCACAAUGUUCUUGGAUCCAGAAAUAGUCACAGUGACUGUGGCAACAGAGGGUGUCGCAUCAACUGGCAAUGACAAGAAAAGCGGAGGAUUCGGGGCCUCACUGAUCGUGAAUGCCCUCUUUCAGAUAGGAAUUGGGGGAUAUUUCCACCAUAACUGCCCGGUCCAGCCCUACAUCCCCAUCUACAUGGAGGUAAUGGGAACCGUCACAAUCGUGACAGUGAUUGCUUAUUGGUGGUAUAACGACAGCCCCAAGAAUUACCUGGUCAUCACAAUCUUGACGUUGGGCCUUCUCUUCUGCUUUUGCUUCUUCAUCACUGGUGGUGUGUGGAUCUACUCAAUCUACCCACCCAACUACGACAAUUCAAUACCACAUUUGAUACCUUACUGCAACAGGACACUCUACUUGUUUGCCUUCAUUGACACCACCAUCUUCUGUGUGCUAGCAGGUCUUACCAUCCUUUCAGGCUGCUGCUGUUGUGUUUUCAAAUGUGUUUCCAUGAUGUGAAUUAUAUAUAAAUAAACGCAAUAUUACCAUUCUGCCUGGAGUGUCAUCUCUCAUUCUAAAUGAGAGCCAUACCUGUUCUUCAUGGUAUUGUUAUAUAAUAUUUGGUCAAAUGUAAUCCUCUGAAUUAAAAGUCACCUCAAUCACCAACAUCAUGUGGUUUGUAUGAGAUCCAUUUUUUUUUUUUUAUCACAGAAAUAUAAUUUACAUACAAAAUAUGAAAUA